GUGAAGGCGAUCGAGCAGCUGCAGCGGCUAUCGGACAAUGAUGUCCUUGGACAACUCUUUUCUAUUCCCCUACCAACCCUCGUUGGAUUGGGAUCCACACACCUUCCAACUUGGAGACCUCCAUCAACAACAACACUUCAUGCCUUUGGCUACGGAGUCUCCGGUAUCAUCGCAGGCCUCGACCGGUUACUUGCAAGACGCAGUGGCGGAGUGGGGCGACCAGUGCAAGCGGAGACGCGUGACUUCGUCCCCAGCGGAUGACUCGACGACGACACAAGAGCUCCAAGAUCUUCUCCAUGAGUUUUGGAGUUCCAACUGUCAUGGAGAUCCCUUGCAUGAUUUGAACUACUGCAUGCUACAAGAUGAUGUUGUCAUCCCAGAUGAGACACCGAACAUGAUUCUGAAGACCAAAGCACAAGUAUCAGCAUUACAACUCCCACAAGAGCCACUCUCCUCUUCCUCCUCCCAUCAAGAGUCACAUGGAAAGGAUCUCCGUCAGUCGAGCGACGCAAAACCUUCUCUUCCUACCGCUAAAGUAACAGCGCCCGAUUUGAAAGAGCGUGAGAGGAGGCAAUGUAGGAAGAGCAAAGCCAAGACGAGCGUGGCGUACCCCUUUGCGGUGGUGAAGCCCGGAGGAGCAGAGGGCCACGUAACGCUCGACGACAUUAACGCAAGGCUUCUCAGGCGUCCGAGGCGGCCUGUCCGCCACCCGGUGGGGGAGUACGCUUAUGGUCCCUGUGUGUCGCCGGACGGCCUUGGCCUUUCCGGCAAAGCAGUCGCCAGCCUCACACGGAUCCAAACACGAGGGAGGGGCACGAUAACAAUCAUAAGAACGAAAGGAUGAAGUGCUUGUCGCCGCUGCAUGCUCUAUCAUUGUAAUUGUAUAUGUGACGGUUAACUGUUCUUGGAAAGACU